UGGCGGAGUGAGUGGUCGCAUUAAACUGAGCUCCUGAACUUUAAAUUGAAUUCAAGCCCUAAUUUGAGUUUGACGACGAACAGUUAAAAGUACUAUUUUUGUAGUCUUUGAAACUUAUUUUUUUUUAGGCUGGUGGUUUACCUAGCAUCACUUUUCCACUUAACGUUAUACUUCAAGCAAGUUCAGCCAAGGCUAGCUAGCUAACAUUAGACGAGGUGGAAAUUUGACGAACACGCUAUUCGGCUGAACGCCUUUGAGAGGAUUCCUAAAAAAUACCCUCGAUUGCAAACGUUUCCAAAACUACAGAGUUUAAUGCAGCAGGCAUUAAAUGAUAUUACCACUGAUGUGAACCUGUUGAAAAAUAAAUUUGGUGCCCUGAUAAAAGAGACGCGGGGGGGGGAUCUUUCGCGAGGGGUUUUCUGUCAUUAACGUCCACAGGGUGGAGCUACGUGACUGGCUGAUUUAUGCUUUGAGUUGGCCUGCUUAUACAGUAGGCUAGUGAAUCUUAGUACUGUUUCAACUGGUUAAGCCCCAAGAUGUCAAGAAAUUCAACACAGAAGAGCCACUCCUGAAAGAAAAUCCGCGCCGGUUUGUCAUUUUCCCCAUCAAGUACCAUGACAUCUGGCAAAUGUACAAGAAGGCAGAAGCUUCAUUCUGGACAGCUGAGGAGGUUGAUCUUUCCAAAGACAUGCAGCACUGGGAUUCUUUGAAGGAUGAGGAGAGAUACUUCAUCUCUCAUGUACUGGCUUUCUUUGCUGCUAGUGAUGGCAUUGUCAAUGAGAACCUGGUGGAGCGAUUUACACAGGAAGUCCAGGUGACGGAAGCAAGAUGCUUCUAUGGUUUCCAAAUCGCCAUGGAGAACAUCCACUCUGAGAUGUAUAGCCUGCUCAUUGACACCUACAUCAAAGACCCUAAAGAGAGGGACUACCUCUUCAAUGCCAUUGAAACUCUCCCCUGUGUGAAGAGGAAAGCUGAUUGGGCCCUGAACUGGAUCGGUAACAAAGAUGCUGAAUUUGGUGAGCGUGUGGUUGCAUUUGCUGCUGUUGAGGGGAUCUUCUUCUCUGGGUCCUUUGCUGCCAUUUUCUGGCUGAAGAAGAGGGGGCUCAUGCCUGGCCUGACCUUUUCAAAUGAGCUCAUCAGCAGAGACGAGGGCCUGCACUGUGACUUUGCCUGCCUCAUGUUCAAGCACUUGGUGCACAAGCCCUCAAAGGAGACCGUCACCAAGCUCAUCAGGAACGCAGUAGAGAUUGAGCAGGAGUUCCUGACGAAAGCCCUUCCAGUAAAGCUGAUUGGUAUGAACUGUGACCUGAUGACUCAGUACAUAGAGUUUGUGGCUGACAGGCUGAUGCUGGAGCUGGGCUUUGACAAGAUCUACAGAGUGGAGAAUCCUUUUGACUUCAUGGAGAACAUCUCACUGGAGGGCAAGACUAACUUCUUUGAGAAGCGAGUAGGGGAGUACCAGAGAAUGGGUGUGAUGUCUGGCACCACAGACAACUCCUUCCGGCUGGAUGCUGACUUUUAAACCUCUAACAGGCCCCCAAGAUGCCCUUGACAUUAGACUUUUUGAAACUGUAAAUACUUGACAAAGGACAUGGCCCAGACUAGAUGCUACUGGACCGACCACCGUACCACAUCUUAAAUGGCACCCUAUUCCCCAUGUAGUGCACUACUUUUGACCAGAGUCAUAUGUGGGCCCAGAUGAAAAGUAGUCCGCAAUAUAGAGACUAGGGUGCCAUUUAGGAUGUGUACUUGGGUUGUCUGGUUCACAGAAAACACAUGUAUAUUACCAUUCACAACUGACCAUAUUUGCAGUAGAUCUCUAGUUGUAUCCAUUUUCUUAUUUGUAUAGUACUGUUGAAAUUUUAUCUGUUUACUUUUUGUAAUUAAAUUUUAAAAAUCCAAUGCA